AAUCACGCGUUUUCACCUUUCGUGUCUCUCCCUCUCACUCCAUUUUAUUCAUUUUAAGUCUACAUUCUCAUUUUUGCUUCUCUCUACAACUGAACUGACCGGGAGGGAAAGUCAAGUCUGUGGAAGGUUUCACGAAACGAUGUCGGAUCAAAUAGCCAAAGGAGAAGAAUUCGAGAAGAAAGCGGAGAAGAAGAUCAAAGGCUGGGGUUUAUUCGGUUCCAAAUACGAAGACGCUGCUGAGUUGUACGAAAAAUCCGCCAAUUCCUUCAAGCUCGCCAAAUCUUGGGAUAGAGCUGGAUCAGUUUUCAUUAAAUUGGCCAAUUGUCAUUUGAAGGCUGAUAGCAAGCAUGAAGCCGCCGCUGCUUACGCAAGCGCUGCAAAUUGCUACAAGAAAACAUCCAACAAAGAUGCUAUAUCAUGCUUAGACCAAGCAGUGAAUAUUUUUUUGGAUAUUGGCAGACACAACAUGGCUGCGAAACAUUGCAAGGAAAUUGGUGAAUUAUAUGAGCCCGAACGCAACAUUGAGAAGGCUAUUGUAUAUUUUGAACGGGCUGCUGAAUUGUUUGAACAUGAAGCUACAACUUCUGCAAACCAGUGCAAGCAGAAAGUUGCAGAAUUUUCUGCUCAACUUGAACAAUAUCAGAAGGCAAUUGUGAUAUAUGAAGAGAUAGCACGACAGUCAAUCAACAAUAACUUACUGAAGUAUGGAGUAAGAGGACAUCUUCUCAAUGCUGGCCUCUGCCAACUUUGUAGAGGUGAUAUUGUUGCAAUUACCAAUGCAUUGGAGCGAUAUCAGGACUUGGAUCCAACAUUUUCCAGAACUCGGGAAUACAAAUUUUUAGCUGAUGUGGCUGCCACAGUUGAUGAGGAAGAUAUUGUUAAGUUCACUAAUGUUGUCAGGGAAUUUGAUAGCAUGACCCCACUGGAUCCUUGGAAGACUACCCUUCUAUUGAGAGUGAAGGAAUCUCUGAAGUCCAAAGAACUAGAGGAGGAGGAUCUGACCUAAAUUGAUUUUGCUUCAAUGUCUUACUCCUAUUGAACAUAUUGUCAUUGGCUUGUGUAUAUCAAUAGCAUGGUUGUCAGCCAUAAUCAUAGUCCAUUCAUUUUUUAUCAUGCCACUGUUUUUUUACCUGUAUUCGUAUUGGUGUAGGCUUAGCACUGCGAUUGUAUUCAAAUUUGAUCAGGCUAUGUUCCCUUUUUCUAUUUAGACAUUGCUUGAGUGUGA